GCGACCUGCUGGACUUUACUGCGAUGUUUGAGGUGCCUAGUGGUGGGAAGAUUAGAACGCUUGGAGGUCCGGAGGAGCGGACUGGAACCAGCACCUGGGCUGCUGGAGAGCAGGGCAGUACCUCCUUUCAUCCAGCUCGGGUGUACCCUGAAGCUGCUUAUGGCAAAGAGAGAUAUCCCUUUGGCAUGCAGGCUGCGUUGAUGUCCGGGGACAUGCCCAUGUCCGCUGCAGACACUCACCCCCCUCCUGGCCUGAAGUCAGACUCUGCAUUCUACCAGGGCUAUCCUCGCAGACGACCCUCUGACGAACCCAUCGACACACAGCCCAAGAAGAGGAAGGUGCCUGGACUGCCCUCUUCAGUGGUGUACCCCGCCUCAGGGGAGGAGUACAGUUCUGAUGGAGCAGGCUACCCCCCCUCCAAACCAGGCCAUGUGUACCCAUCACAGUACUACCUGAACGAGGGUAUGGUGGACUCAUGGGGUCAGCCCGGGUACCCUGGCAUCCUUCAGAACUCCCCCCACAUCGCUCAGCAAGCCCCCUUCAAUGCCGCCAACCCACAGGACAGACUGCAGAAGAGGCAGCCUCUGCCCAUCUCCCCUCAGAACUACCCACUGCAGGGCGGAGACAUGAAUGGCUACCACCCUGGCCCUUCACCCUAUGGGGUGACCAACGGAGCAGAUGGCAUUAUGGCUAACAGAGGUACUGCUCCAGGGAGCUCAGGUGAUGAGAUUGGGAAGGCGCUGGCAUCGAUUUAUCCAUCAGAGACCAACGGAGGUGGCGCCAGUUUCCCCUCAACCCCAUCCACCCCAGUGGGCUCUCCUCAAGCCAUCUCAGCCUCUCAGUGGUCGAGGUCCUCGGCCCAGGCGGCUCCAUCUCCCAGCUUUGAGGGCAACCUGCAGAAUAAAGUGGGCGAUAGUCUGGAGGAGGCACUGAAUGUGUUGCGGGGUCAUGCUGUGGGGACGCCAGGCGACCUGGCCAGCCUCCUGAACGCCGGUGGCUCCUCCACAUCCAGCCUCCUCACUCAGGCGUUCAACCUGGCUGGACGCAUGAUGCCCAGUCACCAUGACGACGGACCAGGUCUGACCCAGAGUGGCCCCCUCCUGCAUGGCCACCACAACUCUGGGGGCCCCCCUGGCUCCCAGCCCGAGGGCUUUAAUGGCGGUAUGAUGCGCUCCAGCCACUCGUCCAGCAGUCUGGACAUCAAGAACGAGGACAAGGAGGAUGAUGAGAACUCCUCCCUCAAUGACAAGUCUGAUGACGAGAGGAGAGAUGGCAAACUGGCCCGCAGAUCCAGAACUCAAGCCUUCCCUCUACUCAGUAACUCCACCCAGUCAGACUCAGGAGCCGAUAACGAGGAGGAUGACGAGGACCUCCCUCCGGAGGUGAAGGUGGAGCGCGAGAAGGAGCGCCGACAGGCCAACAACCAGCGGGAGCGUCUGCGCGUGCGCGACAUCAACGAGGCCUUCAAGGAGCUGGGCCGCAUGUGUCAGAUGCAGAUGCGCCCCGGCAACGACAAGCCCCAAACCAAGCUCCUGGUUCUGCAGCAGGCCGUCCAGGUUAUCGUCAACCUGGAGCAGCAGGUCCGAGAGAGGAACUUGAACCCCAAGGCAGCCUGCCUGAAGCGUCGAGAGGAGGAGAACCCUGGCAACCACAUGUGAUUCUCAGGUUGUCUUCCGGAGAGAGAACAGCUGUGGCCUUAAUGACAGCAAUCAUCUCAGCCAGCAGACAUGCAUAUACACUGCCCCAGUGUGUGUUAGUGUACACACACACACACACACACACACACACACACACACACACACACACACACACA